UGUGGACUCGUCUGAUUAUGAAGGAUGGACAAGGCCGAAGUUUGUAAUGACGUAACCGUUCAAUGUUUAUAGAAAAAAUAUUGAAAUUUUAAACCAUGGCGGAGAGUGAUUUUUGUGAAUUUCCACCUGGAAUGGAUCCGCACAUAAUGGCACAACUGCAACAUUUCUCACAGAGAACAGGAGCAGAAAAUUUUGGAAAUGAUGGGAAAACUGCUGGAUUCUACAUGGACAGUUACAAUACCACUGAUAUUGGUAAUUUACCUCACAACAUGGCCAGUCAUUCACAAGACAACAGUGUUUCCAUGGGAACUACAGCAAGCACAGCAACUGCUGGGCUGUAUGAACCACAUCCUGUUAAUUACGCAAUGAAACAAGAAAAAAAUUUACCUCCAACUCCCCCAGGCAGUCCAGAUCGGCCAAAACAGAUGAGAAAUCCUGCUGUUACAGUACACCAUAGAAGUAACAUGGAUACCGGUGAAUCUUCCUUACAUCAUGACAUGUCAUUACAGAACUACCUUGCCAAACCAGUUGCCAUGAGACGAUUGUCUGAAAAAAGUAUUGCUCAUGCUCGGGCAACAUUAACUAGUCCAGAUGCAGUAUUAGAAUCUAUGUAUAACCCAGUUUAUGGAUUUAAUACACUGAACAUGAUGAACGGACUUGGUGAUUCUUACUUCCAUGGACUGAGUUCUCACUUGGAGCCAGCUGCAGGAUCCUUUCCUCCCAGUUCCAUGUCUAUUGGAUCAUCUUUCUCACCAUAUCAUGGGACACCAUCCUUGUCACCCUCUCUGCCAUAUCCAUCAUCAAUGGGUAGCUUUCCUACAUCAUCAAGCUAUAUGAAUCCUUAUCUACAGAUGCAUGGCUUAGCAGCAGCAGCCAGUGCAUCUCCAACCUUAGCUAGAGCAUUAGCUGCAGUUCAGCAAACACAGAAACGACCCAGAAGUGAAAAGAAAGCUAUACCAGAUGAGCAGAAAGACGGCAAAUAUUUUGAAAGAAGAAAAAGAAACAAUAAUGCUGCCAAAAAAUCAAGAGAUGCCAGAAAAUCAAGAGAAGAUGAAAUUGCAAUAAGAGCAAGCUUUUUGGAAAAAGAGAAUGCAAUUUUAAGAGCUCAAGUGGCAACAUUACGAGAAGAAGCAUCAUCAUUAAAACAUCUGUUACUACAGAAACGUGGAAGAACAUGACAUAAGUAUUAAAACAUUCUACCUAAGAAGAAUGUGUUCUGAUAUUCCGGUGUUGAUUUCUUAUAUAUUAUUGUAUUUUGAUUGAUGUCAAUAUAAUAGAAGUUUUUUAUUGAUUUUUUUUUUAUAUAAACUUCAAGGCUAAGAAUCACAAGAAUUUAAGUCAAACAUAAAAAUGUCUUUGAAAAGAGAGUAUUUGUUAAAACUUAAAAUAUUUUCAAAUAGUAUUUAACCAAUGUGACUAAAUUUAUGAAUCAAAAUAAGAUGCAAUGGAAUGAAGGGAAGGAUUUUUGAUAAAUGUAAAUUGAAUACUGUAAAUUCAGAAAUUAUUGCGAGGUUUUUAUUAAUGCGAAUAAUGCGACUGAGUGAGUAUCGCAAUAAUAAGAACUCGCAUUGUGAUAUCUGAUCGAUAUAUCUGAAUGCAGUUUAUCCUGAAAUCGCAAUAAUUAAUCUCGCAUUUUUGACCGUUCUUCAAAAAUCGCAAUAAUAAAUACACGCAAUAAUUUCUGAAUUUACAGUAUAUCAUAAAGGGGGACAAUUUUAAUUCAGAACAUAUAGGGUGAUAAUUUUAAAUUUGGAGAGUUAUCUUAAUUUACUUAACUAACAGCUUGUCUUUAAACUAUGAGUUAUGUAAUGGGUUGAUUGGCUAACUUGAAAGCAUAAAUGUUUAAAGAAAAUUAAAAAAUUCUUUUGUCAGUUAUUCAAUCAUCUUUUUUUGUCAAAUAUAACAUAGAAUUGGUAUCUGGCUGAUGUAACAGUAAUCUAUUUCAAGAAUUCCUCUCCAAAACUUAUCAUAUUUACAUAAACUCUCAGUAGCAUUGAAACAACCUAUUUACAAAAGAUUUUACUGGACAGGGAAAAAUACUUAAGUAAGCUGACAUGAUGUACAUGUAAGCUAAGCUUAUUUAAUUUUAUUUCCAAGUUUUAAACAGAUUUAAACUGUGGAAGUAUUUAUAUUGUACAAAUGUAUUGUGUUAGGUUACAAAAAAGAAGAUAUACCAUACAGUAUAGGUCACUUUUAAUUAAAUUUGAUUCAGGUUCCCCCCUUUGAAAUCAGAGAAUACUGUUUUAUGUUGACAUCAAAAGUAACUUCCACAGAUACAUAUAAUGUUGAAAUCUAGUACAACAUCCCAACUACAAAUUUCUGUUUACAAACCUAAAAGUAAUUUGCACUUUGGGUACAUGGUAUAUCCUUUAUGGUCAUAUUAUCUGUUAUGAUUUUACUUUACAACAAAUAACCUAAUGUUAAAGAUACAAAACCAUUUUUUUAACAAUUGAAUAAUUUUCAUUCAUUAUUAUAAAGAAACCUUGAUUCAUAGACAUUUAAAGUUAUUGAUCUCAAAAGAUGUUAUGAUUGAAAUUUUGUUAAAAGUAUCAUACAAAACUUAUAGAUUUCUUGUCUUCCUGAUACUUUGUACAAAAUAUUAAUUGUUGCUAAAAUGAAUUUGAAGGUGGUAGUAAAGGAUUGUUUACCACUGGUUUUACUGUGGUACUAAAAGAGUUUUCACAUUUGGUCUCACAAGGCUAUUUUUCAAUUCAAAAUUCAAAAAGGGGUGUUUAUGUUUAUUAAACUCAUUUACCAAAAAAAAAAAAUCAAAAAAUCUGAAACUUUGAAAUGAAUAUAUAAUAAUAAUCAAAAUUGUGUUACUUAGUCUUACAAGUUUUAUUUAUGUUAAUGGUUAGUAUCUAAUCAUGGGGAAUUGAAUUUGCUAUGCAACAAUAUUAAAACCAAUUAAAAUAAAAAUGCACUCCAUGCAAACUUAUUUCUUGAUACCAGUCAGUAUCUGUUUUUAUAAUGUUAUAAAGUUUAAAACAUAAAGCAAUACUUGUUAUGCAUUAUAUGAGUAAUUAAAAAUAGUCCUAGGUUUUAUCAAAUGUUUAUUGUUUUGUUUUUGAUCUCGGUGAUAUCAUUUCAUGUUUUGUUACGAUUUAGUGAUAGGGAUUGUUAAUAUUUUACAGUUUGUAUUGUUAUACUGUGUAGAGCAGUUUCCAUGGUUACUAGUUCUGUUAUACAAAGUAAAAUAGUUUCCUUGGUUACUAGUUCUGUUAUUCAGUUUUAAGCAGUUUCCAUGGUUACUAACUGCUAUACUGUCUAAAGCAGAUACUUUGGUGAUUUGUUUGUGUUAUACUGUAUAAAUCAAUUCCCAUAGUAUCAGAUUUAUUACAUAGUAAGGUUGUCACCAGCUUUCUGGAAUGAGGGUGAUUGAAGGUAUUCCCUCCUAUGAUUCAGUUUGUUUGUUUGAAAGAGCACUAUUCAGUGGGUUCCUGUAAGGGCUUGCAAGUUUGUUAUUUUGUUCUUCUCUUAAAGGGGUGAAUUAUCCCUGAAACACCCUUGUUCCAUCGACCUUGUUUUGCCUGAUGCAGUCUCCUGGUUAAAAACUUGCAAGGGUUUUAAUAAACAUUCAAGCACAUGAAAAGAAAAUAUUAGCGAUAAUCUGGUACUGUUUGUAGUUUUGGCGAAAACAAAAAGUUGGCCUGAUCUUAUUGUUUUUGCAGUAAUUAUGUUAAAUUGUAUAUUUUUAUGUAGAUUGUAGUUUGAUAUAACUUAGAUAUAUAUUCUUUAGAAAUUGUGUUAAUUUACAUUUAUUGUACUUGUUUUUGAUAUGAAGAUUGUCCCUGCUGUUUGAUUUUUCACCUAGAAAUUGAGAAAAAAGAUUUGAUAUGUUAAUAAAGUGAAGUUGUGGUUUCACUUUAGAACUGCUGAAAACAUGAACAUUUUUUUAAUAAAGAAGUUGUGUGAAAAUGUCGUUGAAUAUAUCAUUUGAUUUUAAAAUUUUUAGUAGUUAAUAACUUUAACAAAGUAUGCUAUCAAAGAUAUCUAUUGCAAUUCCUCUGUUAUAUUUUGUGUCAAGAGUUCUCUUAUUUAGUUAUAUGUUUGGCCAAAAUUACCUACCAAAUGAAGUUUUACAACUAGAUGAAGAAGGUUUAAAAUUCAGACAGAGUUCAGAUUAAUUUGUGAGUUUACUGUAUCUUCAAAUAAUCAUUUUACAUGUGCAAUGAUAAUUUCCGGUGAUUUUUGUAUCUUAACAGGGCAUUUUAUAUUAUAAUUAGAUAAUGAUUAUUUUGAAAAUAAGAUAAGUAUUUUUCUUUAUAUAGUGUCAAUUUUGUAUUGGGAAUUUCUUAGUUUAAAUAAUUGCUCAAUUUACCAGCAGGUCAUAUAUGCAUAAAUUAACAAAAUUCAUAGUUAGGUUAUGGUUGGAAAACCUAUAACUGAAAAUUUUUUUUUUUUAAAUUAUAGUACAUGGAUAGCUUGUAUGGAUUGUUUAGACAGCGUCUUCUCAUAAAUGUGUAUCAUAGUGUCCUUUAUUAUUUGUGUGGGAUUUUUGGUCAGUGUUUUCGAUUGAGAUUGUGUUUUUCAUGUUUGUUAAAUAAUUUUGUUAAUAGAUACUGUUAUAUUUCAAGAUUGAAGUCAUAGUGAAUUGUUGAUUUUAUUGCAUUUAGCUGUAUAUUGCAAAACCAGAGAGGUGAAAAGCCUCCAAAUGAUCUGUAUAAGGGCAUAUAUGUACAUCAAAAUUGUAAGCAUAACAGGCCCUUUGGACCAGUGUUUAAUAUAUUGCUAUCAUUCAACAUCUAGUGUCAUUAUCUUCUAUCUGUAAACUAAUAAAAAAAAACUCUCUGAAACAUAUUGGCCAGUUGGAGUCAAACUUGGCUUACAUCAUCCUAAGAGUGAUUAGCUUUAAAAUUAUGUCUGACACUUUUAAAUCAGAACAUUAAAAAGGAAAGGUGGCGUCGUUAAGAUUUAAAACCUCUGUAUAUGGUAAAAUCUAUCGCUAAACUUUUGAGAAAUGAUACGCUGUGAUAAUCAUCUUUACGAAUUGUAGUUGAUAACCUUAACUGUUAUCAAAUGUGGCCACACCAUUACUAAAAAAGUUAUAUUACAAAAAUUUGGGAUAAAUUGUGUAAAGGAUCAACUGGUAUUAAAUUUUAGUGCCACUGUUAUGAAUGUAGUUAAAUUUACCAAAAUUCUUACAAAUGGUGUUAAGGCCUACUACUAAACAUAAAGUAAAGUCUUGCUUAGCCCUCUUGAGAAUUGUAUCAAUGUUAAAUUCUGUAACUUGUAAAUAUCUAUUUUCAACUAAGCUUAAGAGUAAGGAUACACUUAUGAUCUGUUUUGAAAAUAAUGUUGUAUGACCAUUACAGCCUUUAAACAGCACUUUAACACAUCAUGUUACAGUUACUGAAAUAGACAAAUUUGGCAACAAUCAGGACAACUUUUUUUAUAAAAUGUUUAUGUUCUAGCAGUUAUCUUAGAGGAUUUAAAUUUAGUUGCACACAUAAUUGUGCUAGGAAACAUUUUAGUGUGUAUAGAAGCCAGGUGAGCAAUAAAAACUCCUCAGAGCCUUAAAUUUUCCCAUUUCUAUUAUGCAUUUUCUCUGAAUUCUUUUUUAUUUAAAAUGUCACAUUGGAAAAUUUUGAGUACUAGAAAAGCACAAUAGUGCUGCUAAAUAUUCUGUGCUAUUUCAAAUUGUAUGAUAUUUAAAUGUAUUUAUCAAAAUUCAGAAACAUAUUUGAUUUUUCCUGAAUGUACAUAUACUGUUGCAUCAUUUUAGGAAAUUGAUAUCUUUUUAAUUUUAGUAAAUUAUUGUCUCAUUAAAAAUUGAGUAAUGUUUGGGGGGAUCAUAAAAAUGCCUUGUUACACCUAAAUUCAUAUGUUUAAAUUUUUAUGAUGCAUUAUAGUUUGUUAAAACCUUGAGAUAGUUUGUGAUCUUGAAAAUUUCAUUUGAAGAAGAGACAUUUUUGUCAAAUAGUCAUGGUUUAUAGUCAUCAACUUGUCAAAAUAAUCAUGGUUUAUAGUAGGGAUGUCAACCAGUACUCGAGUAUUCAAGUAUUGCUCGGUAGUACCAAGUAUCGAAUAUCAAAACGAUACUCGACUUAUCCGUUUCCUGUUGGAAUAUUGCUGUCUUCUUUAUAUAAAAUUGAUCUUCUUGAGAACCUCUAUCGGAAAAUUAAAUAGGCAUUACUGAUUAAUCAUACUAGAAAAUAAACUACAUUUUGUUUCUAAUGCUUGUGAUAAAUUAAAAUUGUCAUUUAAAAUACCUCCAAUAAUGCGUGGGUUAUACCUAGGCUAACACUUUAAACUAAACAUGUCUUAGCCGUACCGUCAGAGCAAAUAUUUUCCUCUGCAAGACUGUAAUUUACAAAGUUGCAAAACGGAUUAGUAAUUGUUCACCGAGUUGACAUCCCUAGUUUAUAGUCAUCAACUUGAAAAUAUUUUUACCUCAAAAAAUGGAUAAACUCUAUCUCUCAGUAAUAAUUGUAAAGCAAGUUUUGUUAAUAACUAGCAUUUGUUGAUGUCUGAAAAGUGAAUUGAGACUACAAAAACCAAUUGACUAUAUGCUUGGGUUUGAAUGUAACAAUAAACCAGAUCUUCAUCAACCAUAUUAGUAAAUGUAAUUUUGUUUUUGGUUAGAUGGAUUCAAGAUGUGCAAUUUCCCAUUUUCAUCAUUUUCAAAGGAGAUGGAAUAAACUUUUACAAAAUUUUAGAAUAUAUGCUUGCUUUGCAAGUUCAAUAUUAAUAAAUUGAUUUUGUGCCUUUAAGAUGGCAAUGUGAUACUAAGUAGUUAAUGUUACACCAAGGGUAUUUAUAAGUUAGACCACUAUUUUCUUUACCAAUACAGGUACAUAUCAGUUAUUUUAGUUGGAAUAGUGUUUGUUCCUUUUUACAUUUAAGUUGGUAUAACCUCACAAUAUUCAGUGACAAAAUCUUCAAUAUCACAAACUUCAUAUUUUUCUUUCACAUAGGUGUUAAAUAUAUAUUUCAUGAUUAUUCAUGAACAUUGUAAAUCAAGUUCAGAUUACGGGUAAAGAUGUAAAAUCCAUAGGAGUGAUUACAUUUGUUGAUUCCUGCCUUGUAAAUAUGUUAAUGUUUUGUACAAUAAUGAUAUUUUUAUUAUAAAUCGAAUCAAUGUUCCAUCAAGUUCUUAUACAGCUUGAAAUACAACUUUUAUACAGAAAUUUGGAAGAAUUUGACAAGACAAUUUUUAAAGCAUAAAGAACUAUAAUUAUAAAUUUUAUUUUCAUGACAAUAUAAGGAACUUUGCAACAUGUGAUACUUACUAUAUUAUGAGAAAAUUUAGCCAAUUAUUUACUCUAAAACCAUAUUGCCAGAAAAGGAUAAAAAAGAACUUACUUUAAUCCUAAAGACUAAAGGGAGAUGAUUUAAAUUGUUUCGCUUUAUUCACAUGGUUUAGAAAACUAAAUGACAUAUAUAUCUCAUUUUAAAAUAUUCUAAAAUAUAAAUUUUAUUAUAUAAUGGUUUAGUAUGUUUUGGUUCUUCCAAGAUUUCUGUGUAAUAGAUGUAAAAGGAUUUAUGGUUCGUUAAUUAUACAAGUUCUACCUCAGGGAUAUUAUGUAUAAAUUUCUACCUCAGUUUGACCAUUUAUGUGCAUGUUGAUAAUAAACUAACUGCAGGUCAACGUA